ACCACACCCCGCGUGAAAACAACAAUGAUAAAAAAAGAAACCCUUCAAAUUGAUGGUGUUGAAAAUAUUUCCUUGUUGUCACUUUUGCAUCUUGUGCCAGUACAGCCAAAAAAAAUCCUGCCAGCUGUCUAUCUAUUUCUCAAAGCUAUACGUACACAUUGCCCAUGGAUAAGGAACGCAGCUUGGCUGGUACGCUAGCUUUCAUUUGGAGCAUACGAGACGACACUGAUCAUAUACCUGCGGUUUGUGUUGUAGAGGAACCUAAUUCAAACUGUAUGGGAAUCCUUCUCGCUGUCAACAGAGUUGGGUUCAACGAUGGCACCAACAUUCUCCGUGACUUGAAACAAGGUUUCGAUAAGAUAUUUCAUAUCCUUGCAGGAAGACUUGAUGGCGAGCGUGAUGCUUCCAGCACAGAAAAUGAAGUUUUUACCGCGAUAGUGUCCAUGUGCACAUCUCGCAUCUUGAGCCGACUAGGUUUAAUACCAGGCAGGAAGCGAUCUAGAAAGUCUGUUAAAGACAGCCUUUCUGAAGCUAUCGACUGCACCAGACGUCUUGAUAAUAGCAGGAAUCCACACAAAAACAGUUGUCAUGUCGUUCGUAACGGCAGCGAAGGAAUUGAUCAAGCUUAUAAAUUCCUGGUGCAACCACCAGACUACGGCACGACUAGAAAACCUUGUUGAAGGUAUACAUCGAUUAUACCAGCAGCAGACAAUCCACGAGACACUCCGUCUGAUCCUAAAUAAAGAUAUGGACCCAUCAACAAGAGGAAGUACGUACACUGACUUCCUGAACACGUGAACCCAAUUCUUGCAGUACUAGCAGAGGACCUCAGCGCUAGCAGCGCUCUGAGCCCAGAGGCUGAUAUCUCCUGAUGGGAGCUGUCGUGCAGCGAUAAAAGCGUGACUAGCUAGAGGUAGGCUUAGAGUGCUCUUCGCUGCAAGAGCCCUGGCUCGUUCAGCACGCUUCAUGAUAUCGAUGGGUUGCAGCUUCCGUAUGCUGUACGUUCAGAAUUGUCCUAAAUCUUCACUAUAAUUUUACAAUCCAUGCCUAGCUCUGCAUAGCUAACACCAGGGGUAGAUAAGCCCGCGCUUUGGGAUUGAGGCGAGCUCGCGCUUGCUGUUUA